CUCAUAUAAUUCAAAAGCAGCGCAAGAUUGAUAUUCAGGAUGAAAACAUUCAAAGAGUAUUGUCAAUUAAACCUCCAUCAAUAUCAGCACAUCAUUCCGAGUUUUUUCAAACAAUCCAGAAUCCACCAAACGAGCAUUUGCUGAUUUCUGAAAAUAUUUUAGAAACGGUUGAACUUUUUGUAAAGGACAUGGAAAAAGGAUAUAGUAAUGAAGAAUGCCGUUGUGAAAUACUGGAGAAGCAUUUGAAAAAUGUGAUUGGACCUAUGGAAAAGGUUGAGAAUAGUGAUAAAACAAAGAGUGACCGUGUAGUGACCAUACUUGUUCAAUCAUUUAUUGCAUUUGCACUGGUAGUGCUUGCUGAAGUGAAGAAUGAAAUCGGUACCGGGUUUUGUGAUCCAACUAUACAAAUUGCCGGGCCAUGGCUAUGUGUUCUCGGUGCAGUUUACCUUGAAAAAGAAAUCGUAAACCCUUUUACAGAUUUCAUUCCUUUAAUGCAAUUUUAUAAUAAUAGUUAUUACAAAAAAAUUGCACGACUUCUUGAAGCUUUACACCUUGCUUCUAUACAUGGUUUUGGGAAUAAUAUAUCAUUUAAUUACAAUGAUUUGUUCAUGGAAGAUUGUACAGAAUUUGUUUGGAGAGCAACAACAGAAACCGAAUCUCCAAUUAUUAUAAAAUAUACACAAACAUAUAACGUGAAUGCACACAAAAUAUGUGCUGAGAAACAGCUAGCACCACAAAUUCUUUUUGCAAGUAAUAAGAUCAUAGAUGGGUGGUGGAUAAUAAUAAUGAAAUCUGUAGAGGAAUUGUUAUUAUAUCAUGCUCAACUUACAGAUGAGAAUUAUCUGAUAGUCAUGCAAGACAUAAAACAAGCAAUUAAGUUGCUCCAUGGUAAUGAACUUGUUUUCGCUAAUCUUUGUAGCACAAACAUUUUGGUUUACAAAAUAGAAAUGAAAACACGUGCAAUGUUAUUUGGAUUUGAUUGGUGUGGAGAACACACUAUCGGCCGUUAUCCAUUUUUGAUAAGUUCAACAGUUAAAUCAUUUAAAUAG